AUUAAGCAAACCAAAACUCACACACACACUUCUUAUACUACUCAUCAAUAUCUCUUCACUCAUUCAUGAGAGAACAAUUUUGAAAAACCAAGAGAAGUAAGAAUUUUGUAAAGAACAAUGAGGAGCACUGCUACACAAGGAGAAACAUCAUCACCAUCAUCAAAACAAAGCUCCUAUAGGCAACAACAUGGGACAGCAAAACGCACAAGAAUCAUAAGAAUCAUAGGAAGAAGCUUGUUGGGAGUAAUAUUCCUCGUUGGUCUUGCAAUUAUCAUAUGUUGGCUUGUUGUUGUCCCCAAAACCCCACGUCUAAUUGUGGAAACCGGCAAUGUCAUAGUCCAUAGUUCAACUCAUAAUAUGCUAAAAGCUACCAUAGUUUUCACUUUCAGAAGCUACAACCCCAACAAAAGAGCCACCAUUCACAUGUAUUCUAUGAGGAUGAUAGUCAAUAGUAUAGGCGAGAGGUUUCUCUCCGACAUCCCCUCCUUUACGUUGACACCCGAAAACCAGACCGUCUUAUCCUCCGCCGUCCGAGUCAACUUCGAAUACCCGUUUGGUUUCAAUGAAGAGAUAGAUCCAGAGCUUCGCUUCUCAGCUGAAGUCAGUUAUAGUAUCAAUGGAUGGAUGUCGAAACCUCGGUUGCUCGAGAUCUAUUGCAAUCACCUCUUGCUUAAGAUCAAUGCUUCUACAACAUUCGAUAAUACAAAAUGCAAAGUCGACCUUUGAGAUUUGAUCUUUGUGUGUUAUUCUUGCUGAAUAAUCCCAAAGAUUUGUAAUUGAAAGUUUCAUUUUUUUUACCCUUUAAUUGUUUCUUUAAGGAUAGAGAGUUCUUGCAUUUAUCUUAUUUUAUUUUAUUUUUGAAUAAUGAAGAAGAGAAUUGUAUGGAAGAUUUGAGAGAGGUUGAGAGAAAUUUCCUUUGUGGAGAGCUGACUAAAAAAAAUGAGGAAAAUUAUAGAUAAUUAUAUAAUCUGUUAUAGUGUGUGAAAAGAAAAUUAAAAGAAAAAAACAUAAUUGUGAGCUUCUUUAAGAAGAUCCAUACAACUUGAAACCUCUAAACUUUUACACUGGGG